CGGACAGGAGGGGUGGAGUUCACUGCGUGCACUUUUCAAAGCUCCUCUGGCUCAGGCGAAACACGCUCAUUCUUUGCCCAAAAACGUCGGCGUUUGCGUUGACGCGUCCUGGCACCAGAUCCCACUUUGGUUAGGUCAAAGAAUCACCUGCACCGCUGCAGCCUCAAAGUAAAGUUUAUAUGCUGUUUCUCGAGCAGCGGCCAACAUUUAGGUGGUUUUGGUGGACUGUGGUCGCUCCUGCUGCGCUCCGGUUCUCCACCCUCAGCAUCUCUCCGGGUUCAGAGGGAUCUGCGCGGCCAGCCGGCCCGGCUCUCCCGCACACAUGGAGGGGGACGUUAUGGACAAGGUGGAGGCCACGGCCACGGUGUGUGACUUCGACCCCAUGAGUGGGAGCAUCCCGGCCACCAAAGUGGAGAUCACCGUGUCCUGCAGGAAUCUUUUGGACAGAGACACUUUCUCCAAAUCUGAUCCAUUGGUUGUGUUAUACACCCAGGGUGUCGAGUCCAAACAGUGGAGAGAGUUUGGCAGAACGGAGGUGAUAAAAAACACACUGAACCCAGACUUUGUCAGAAAGUACAUCCUGGACUACUUCUUUGAGGAGAAGCAGAACCUGCGCUUUGACGUGUAUGAUGUUGAUUCUAAAAGUCCAGAUCUCGGAAAACAUCCCACCGACUUUAACGACUUCCUGGGACAGGUCCACUGCACACUGGGAGAGAUUGUGGGUUCGCCUGCCAGUCGUUUGGAGAAACCACUAGUAGGCAUACCUGGAAAAACAUGUGGCACCAUCAUCCUGUCUGUUGAGGAGCUGGGAAACUGCAGAGAUUAUGCCACCAUGCAGUUCUGUGCCAAUAAACUGGAUAAAAAGGAUUUUUUUGGAAAGUCAGACCCUUUCAUGGUCUUCUAUAGAAGUAACGAGGAUGGCACGUUCACCAUCUGUCACAAGACUGAGGUAGUAAAGAAUACUUUGAACCCUGUGUGGCAGCCCUUCUCCAUUCCUGUGAGGGCGCUGUGUAAUGGAGAUUAUGACAGGACGAUCAAGGUAGAAGUGUACGACUGGGACAGAGACGGGAGUCAUGAUUUCAUCGGUGAAUUCAUCACAAGCUACAAAGAGCUGUGCCGGGGUCAGAGCCAGCUAAACGUGUAUGAGGUGGUGAAUGCUAAGAAGAAACUAAAGAAAAAGCGAUACAUCAACUCUGGGACGGUGUCCUUGUUGUCAUUCACUGUUGAAUCUGAGCACACUUUCCUUGACUACAUCAAAGGAGGAACUCAGAUUCACUUCACAGUGGCCAUUGAUUUCACUGCAUCAAACGGAAAUCCAUCGCAGUCCACCUCGCUACACUACAUGAACCCAUAUCAGAUGAACGCCUAUGCCAUGGCCCUAAAGGCUGUUGGGGAGAUCAUACAGGACUAUGACAGUGAUAAAAUGUUUCCAGCCUUGGGAUUUGGUGCAAAGCUGCCGCCUGAUGGGAGGGUGUCCCAUGAGUUUCCACUGAAUGGGAACAUUGAGAACCCUUACUGCAAUGGUAUGGAGGGGAUACUUGAAGCGUACCACCAAAGCCUUAAAAUAGUUCAGCUGUAUGGACCCACCAACUUUGCUCCCGUUGUUAACCAUGUGGCCAGGUAUGCAGCAGCAGUGCAGGAUGGAUCUCAGUACUUUGUCCUGCUCAUCAUCACUGAUGGAGUGAUAUCAGACAUGGCACAGACCAAGGAGGCCAUAGUGAAUGCGGCAAAACUCCCCAUGUCGAUCAUCAUUGUUGGAGUUGGCCAGGCUGAGUUUGAUGCUAUGGUUGAGCUGGAUGGUGAUGACGUCAGAAUCUCAUCACGAGGGAAGUUGGCCGAGAGAGAUAUUGUACAGUUUGUACCAUUCAGAGACUACAUGGACCGCACGGGUAACCACGUGCUGAGCAUGGCACGACUGGCUAAAGACGUUCUGGCUGAGAUCCCUGACCAGCUGAUCUCCUACAUGAAGAGCAGAGCCAUUAAACCCAGCCCCGUCCCUCCACCUUACUCAAACAUCGAGCAGCCCGACACCAACCCCCUCUGAAACACCUCUGUCUUGGAUGCAGCACGGUCCACAUUCAAGGAAACCAACAACUGUUCUUGAAGGGAAAGUGGAAACGCUUUUGGGCCCCCAUUUACAUUUUUUUUGAAGUAAUACUCCAGUUUAACAAACAGAUGAUGAGACUGUGUAUUGGCUUGGAGCAGUGAGACUGCUGCUGUGGAAACCUGCGGAUGUGAUCACUCAGUGUUCGUUUUUAUUCUCUGAGCACUUGACGAAGAAAGUGCUGAGAGGAGACCGGUGUAAAGGGAGGUUUUAGUUGUUCACUGUCUACCCGUCAAAGUGGUGAUACCCGUAGAGAGGGCCUGUUUGAAGGCAUAAAUAUAUUAGGAUGUACUGUACCAGUGUGUAUCAUGUUUGUGAUACCUUUCGGAAAUGAUGUGUGUUUAACUAGGAAAUCUUGUGUUUACUGGAUUAUUUAUUUAUUUAUUUAUAUAUUGCUGAGUUGAUUUAUUGACUUGAGGAGGGGUUGGCUUUAAGGAUUUAGAUUGAAAUCAUAUAUAUCCUGUAGUUUUCCAUCUUCUAUUUUGUGACCAGUGUAAGAAAAGAACAUUUCUACUUUGAUAAAGACUGUAAUAUAAAAGCAUGUUAUAAAACCUAUUCAGCAGUUUAAAAGUCAUUUUCACUCAUGGAAAUUUUUUGAUUGCAAGCUGUGAUGUAGAUGACUGCCAUACAGAUUUUUCCUAUACGUAUUUCUAAUGUUUAUAUUUAAAAAAUGCACUAAUUACUGUCCAAAUAAAAGCACAACGGUCAUCAUGUUAAUAAGCUGAAAACCCCCUUUUUUUGAAGAAUCCAACCACAAUGAAAAUAAUUGAAAAAACUGCAUGUAUUUCUUUCUUUUUUCUUUAACUUGGCCUUUAAUGUUCCUUUUUCCCAUUAUUUUACCUAGAAGGAUACUUAUACAAGAUAUUCUUUAAUGAUGUAUUAUAAUGAACUUAUAUUUACCAAAAAAAGAUGUUUACAUGAAAACAGAGACAUAAUUUCAAAUUCAUGCUCACUUUCCCUGUUAUGCAAAAUAAGAGAGGCUUUCAUAUCUAAUUAGCCAUCGUGCUGUUUGUGUUUCCUUCCAUUAUAUUUGUUGUGGUUGCACUUCAUUAUCUGGGAUUUUAUUUGGCACUUUUGAAAGACCCUUCAGACAUUCUUUUGAAGUAGUUAUGUCAUCUUCUGCAAACUCUAUUCCUACUUAAAUUGAUUUAUUUGCUUUUCAAAUGUGAAGAUUGAACCAUCAUAAAUCCCUUAAUAGAUAUCCGUUUUUUUAAGUUAUCUUAAGAAUAUACUGUUAUGAGCCUUUUAAAAAAACAUUAUUAUUAUUGGUCUGGGUUUUGUGUAUUGUGUCUGCUCAUGUGUCUAUUUAUAGUUUUUUCAAAUUGGAUUAGCACUGUUCCCAGCUCUCAUAGUUUUGCAUUAGAUCACUCGUCACUCUCUCAGUCGCUCAAUAUCUUGAUCCAAAUGUGCCUAUUGUAUGGAAACAUAUCCAAAUUUAGUUACCCAGGUGUUUUUCUGCCUGCAGCCGCAGGUCUCAUCUUUAGCAUGGAAUCUUUGUAAAUGUUGGAGACGACAAACUCUUUCAGAUUUGGACUAUCACAGCCACAGCAGUUGAUCCAAGCCCUCUCCAACACAUGUCUGUACUUUUUAUACCUACAGCUCUUCACUAAAGAUGUUCGAGGUCAUGAAAGCUGACGGUGUCACGUAGCCUUGCUGUACAAUAUUAAAAGUCAAGACCUGUUUACAGUUGAACUGUAGCUAUUUACAUCAUCUCAAGGGGAGGGGGGGGGGGGGACCAAACAUUCAUAGGUUUCAUUAACAGAUUAGUUUGUCUCCAAUGUUUUUUUUGUUUCUUUUUGCUUUUGCCUAAUUUUGUUUUUAAAGCAGCACAAAUAACUUUUUGUAAUGUUUAGCUCAGGGGAGUCCCCUGUAGGUGCAGAGCUUAAGUAGCUUAAGUAGCUUUUACGACACUACGACAUCUUUUGUUUGUUUUUUUUUGGUCACUCCCCUUUUCUCUUUUGUAAUUACUUUUUUGAGUAAUUACUCCUCUGUGAUGUCCAGAGAAGAUAUGAGCUCAUUUCAUCAUUGUAGUGUAGGCUACAGUGCUGCAAAACGAGACGCGGUGGUCCUUAGAGAUGAAGGGGAUGGGAGUCUGUAGUUACUUUAACCGGUUUUUGCUGAUAGUAGGGACAGGAGACCACACAGCUAGAUGACGUUUCAUGAAAGUAAGCACAUACCGGUAGUCUUUAAAAGGAAAUUGAAACUGACACUUUAAGACAAAGAAAAAUCCUGCGCGCUGCUAUAAAAUGACUUUCACUUUGACACUAGUGAACCAAGGUUUACAAAGAUUUGUUGUGUUGUUCAAGAAUGUUAUCUUUUUUCUUUUUUUGUUAUUUGAGCAAAUGUGUUUAUGUAAGGAUCAUGGUUAGUCGUUUGCCGUUCAUCUCCCGCUGCUGUAAGUGCUCUCAGAGAGCAGAGAUAGUGUGAUGAUUCUGCACUGAACUCCUUCUGCCACAAGCCCAGGACCUUAUUUAACUUCUUUCUUUUUAAAAUUUUCAUUAGUGAUGACAUUUCUCUCUCAGAAAACAAAACAUAGCAAAGCCUGCUUUCAACGUCACUAGUUCAUCUGAGCCUAAAGGAGGCUACUGGGUGUAGCUACAUAACAAUCUAGAAUACCAGGAUACCUCUACAAAAAGCCAUUGAAUCGUAAGCAAAAUAAUUAAUUUACACUCAAUCUAUUUUCCAGGAAAUAUAUUUAUUUGAUUAAUUGUACCAUUUUUUUUCCUUCCGUGUGAGUCAUAAUUUCUUUAUUUCUCAUAAAGAUGAAAAGUACCUUUGGCAGGCCUGACGCUCAUUAAACAGCAUCAGUAUGCAGCUCGUAGCAUGUGAAUGUGACUGGAAACCUCUGUGAGAGAUGAGGAAACAAAAACAUGUGAAGUGGAGAUUUUGCACUUGUGAAAUCAACUUAAUUAGCAUAAUUUCAUAAAACCCAAUUAGUUGAAAAAAGGACUCAAAGGCUUUUAUCAGCUGUUUUCCUAUGAUUAUUGAUAUUUAUUUAUUUAUUUCCCCCACAGCAAAAAAAAAAAAAAACAUCUGAAAACUACAAUGGACAAAUUAUUGACAAUUAUGCAAUUGUAAAAUCUGAAAUAGCUAUGAAUUAUACAGCAGCCAAAUUAUUUUUUUUUCGUGUGGAAAUGGCUUUGUUUGUUCCUCCUUUUCGAUUGGUCUUUGAGGCUGAACUCUAAUUAUGUACAUAAUGAAAAGUACUCAGAGCCAACAUGUGUUCCGUUGUUGAACUUAGCCUCUUUAGACAAUCUGCAUGUUCGUGCCAAAGUGCAGAAGGUUUGGUAGUCUGCCAUCGUUGGACCUGAUUAAUGCAUCUGCCACAUGCUUUGUUUGUUCCAGGACGUUGUUUGGAGAAAACAGCCACCUCUAGCAUGCUGCAUCUCUGCUUUCUUUCCAUUCAGUUCCUACGAGGCACAUACUGUAUGAGUUCUUGCUAUCGCUCCUGUUUUAUCCCAGGUUGUUUACUUACCUCUAUUGGUCACUGACUUGCAUGCUCAAUAAUUUCCAAACCAGGUCUUGGACACAAUAUUGUCGUCAUGCUGUGGUUUGUGAAAUGCUUUGUAAUGGAUUGCCUUAAAUAAAGAUUAAUAAUAAAAACUGACAACU